UUUUAAACUGCAUACAACUUCAAUUCAUUGAACUUUAAGACAUCAACAUACACACGGCACGGAAUCUAUUUAUUUAUAUUUUAAUUUUAAUUGUUGAAGGAAGAAGAGAAAGAUAAACGAUCACAAUGCCUGAAGAAGAUAUUAGUGCCUCAACUCGCAUGACAAAUGAUGACUUUAGAAAAUUGCUUAUGACACCAAGAGCAUCAGUACCAGCAGCUACACCGGCAACUGCACCUGGAACUCUUCGAGAUGCUAGUGCAAAAACAGCACAAACUCCUGUCACCAAUGAUUCUAACAGAGCUGAGUUGCGAAGGAAAAAGAAAAGCUAUUAUGCCAAGCUCAAAAAACAAGAAGAUGACAAAAUGGCAGAACUGGCAGAAAAAUACAGAGAUCGUGCACGAGAAAGAAGAGAUGGUGUUAAUCAAGACUCGGUUGAAGAUCCAAUAACAAAUGCCAGUGCUUAUCGAGCUGUUGCUCCAGAUUUAAAAUCUGGCUUGGAUGCUGCUGAACGAAGAAGGCAAAUGAUUCAACAAUCCAAGUUCUUAGGUGGAGACAUGGAGCACACUCACUUGGUGAAAGGUCUUGAUUAUGCAUUGCUACAAAAGGUGAGGAGUGAAAUUGAAGCAAAAGAGUAUGAGCAAGAACAAGAAAUGGAAAAACUUAUCAAACCAAAAGAAAAAGUAAAAGAGGAAAAGAAAGUUGAGAAAAAAGAUGAAGAAACUAUGUUCAAAACCAAAACUGCUCGCAAUAUUCACAGAAUAGUAUCAAUUAUGAAAUCUAAAAAUGUUGAACACAACGAACUUUUUACACCUGGGAGAAUGGCAUAUGUUAUUGAUUUAGAUGAUGAUACGGAGGGUGAUAUACCAACAACAUUGAUUAGAAGUAAAGCUGAUGUUCCAACUAUUGAUAAUACUCCAACUCUGACAACAAAUGAUAUUGUGAUUAAUAAAUUAGCUCAAAUUUUGUCAUAUUUGAGACAAGGAAGUAGGCAUGGGAAAAAAGGAAAGAAGAAUAAAGAUGGAAGAGGAAGACCUGAAGAUUUUAAUGAUAUGGAACUGGCACCUCAAAAAACUGUACAAGAUGACAGUAUAUAUGGUGAUAUUGGUGAUUAUGUGCCAUCAAUCUCAAAAAUAGAGUCAAGUCACUCAAAGUCAAGUAAAAAGAAAGAAUCAUACUUUGAUAAACCUGCAGAAGAAUAUACAGAAAAAGACAAUGCUCCACAAUUACCAAAUCCUUCAGUGGCAUCAGUUACAGCAACAAUUACAAAACUUGCUGCAGUUUCAGAAGCUACUCAGAAAAAGGGCGGUUUGUUAGACAAAUUAGCUGCUGAACCAGAAGGAUAUGCUGAAUGUUAUCCAGGUUUGGAUGAAAUGCAGGAUGCUAUAGAUGAUUCUGAUGAUGAAGUGGACUACACUAAAAUGGAUUUAGGAAAUAAGAAAGGACCAAUUGGUCGUUGGGAUUUUGAUACGCAAGAGGAAUAUGCUGAUUAUAUGAAUAAAAAAGAAGCUUUGCCAAAAGCAGCAUUUCAAUAUGGUGUCAAAAUGGCUGAUGGACGAAGAACAAAGAAAUUUAAUAAAGAGAAAAAUGAAAAAGCAGAGCUAGAUAGAGAAUGGCAAAAAAUACAAAAUAUUAUGAAUAAGAGGAAACCUUCUAGUGGAGAUGGUCCAGAUGCAAAAAUCGCAAGAUAUUAGUGAAAAAUUGAUUCUUUGUUUUGAUUUUUUAAUUACAUCAAGUGUAUAUUUUCAAUUGUAGAACUUCCUAAUUUCUAGAAUGAUUUUAUUGUUAUUUUUGUAAAUAUAUGUAUAAUAAUUACUUUAUUAGUGGUUUUUCAAUCUUAAAAAAAAAUAACUAAAUAGUAAUAAUAAUAAUAAAGUUAAUAAUUAACUCGUGGUUGUUUAGCAAUGCAGGAUUCGAUUUUUGGAGUGGGCACCUCUGAAAAUGUUUACGUACUAAUUACAACACCGCAAGGAUAUAAUUCUAAUGGUUCACUUUGAGCUGUAAAUCCAGUGAUGGUAGUGGUAACAUAAUUUGGUUAUUUACAGAGGUUUUGCCCGUAAAGUGAAUUGUAGCAUACCGUAGAAGCAUGAGCAACAAUAACUACGGUAAUUGAACUAGAACUAAGUAUUUUUAAAAACUUAAAAUAAACUAUAAAUAAAAAAACUAGGUAUGUUUUUUUAUUUAUAUUAAUCAUAAAGGUGAAUAUUGCAAUGUAUAUUACAAUUAUAUUACAAUUUGAAUAACUAUAUUCUACCAAAUCCGAUCGUG